UUUCUGAUUCCAACCAAACCAUCAGUUCCCCUGAGCGACCAUUCACAGCCAACCGGGGUAAACGAGUCAAAUCAUGCUUGACUCUACUCAGUACUCUUGGGUACUGAUGAUCCCCGCAUUCUGGCCUCUGCUACCAACUGCGGAGACGUACCGCAUAGGGUAUGGGUCGCCCAUCCCCAAAACUCUAAUGUGCACGGAUCCGCAUGGGCUGAGGGAACACCCGAACUCAAACGACUUCGAAGGAUGCAUAGAACUUCUUGUCCUGCAACGUGCAGAAGAUUUUGUAACGAGCUUCUGACUUCAGAGUUAAAGCAGAAUGUUCAUGUAGCGCCACUUUUCAGAGCUUCGUCAAGGCUCCCAUGGAGUGAUAUUAGUUAUUUAUAAGAGGUGUAUGGCCACGAGUAAUGCAUCCUGGGUGCCUUCGGAUUCAUUUCGAUUCCACGAG